AAGCAUACGCAGCGCAGCUGGCUCAACGUUGUCAUUUCACCGAGUCUGCGGAGCUUCGCGGGGAGCCCCGAGCGGACCUCCAUCCUUCCACCCGCCUCCGUCGGACCCGGAGAUGGGACGCACCCCCUCCUUUGUUGUAGAGUUUUCGGUUCUGAGUGUCAACUGAGCGGACUCGGUGACAGCAGCAACUUCCACAGCUGAGCAGGGGGGAAGAAAUUAAAGUGACCGCUUCCCGAGGAGAGACCAGGUGAAGCGGGAGGACGUUGCCUGCUCGAGCCGCUUCCCCGCCUGCCUUGCCGGACGCUCUUCUCCUUUCUACGGGCUUGAACCGCACCAAUUAAUCCGCGGGUAUCAAGUUACGGAGCAGAGGAGUAGUUCAGCGUGGAGGAGCGGUGACAUUUCCAACCGCCGACAGAUUCUUUUUUUUUUUCUUUCUCCAUUUUUCGCUCCAUUUGCCCACUCUCUCCUCUCAUUGUCCAUUUAAAACUAUUUCAAAUGGAAAGAAAAGGGUCUCUGGGGACAGACUGAUCACAACUCGUCUGAAGGGGAGACAGAAGAACCCACGUUUCGCCCCCCCCUUCCCUCCUGUUCGUCGUCGGCUGCACCCUCGCUAUUGGAGGUGAACAGGUGCCUUACCUGUGAACGCCACCUGUCCCGUCCUUCCUUAGCAAUGGCUAGCGCGGGGGCGGCGAUGGAGGCGGCGGCUGCGGCGGCGGGCGAUGGAAAGGACGGGGGACCGGGCGCCAUGCAGCUCAACCCCGCGGUGCCCAUCAGGGGGAUCAGGAUGAAAUUCGCCGUGCUGACCGGCCUGGUGGAAGUUGGCGAAGUUUCCAACCGAGACAUCGUGGAGACGGUGUUCAACCUGCUGGUUGGCGGUCAGUUUGACCUUGAGAUGAACUUCAUCAUCCAGGAGCCGGAGAGCAUUGUGUGCAUGGUGGAGCUGUUGGACAAGUGCGAACCGACCUGUCAGGCUGAGAUUUGGAGCAUCUUCACCGCCAUCCUCAAGAAAAGCGUCCGAAACCUGCAGGCGUGCACCGAAGUGGGGCUGAUCCAGCAGGUGCUGCAGAGAAUAGCCUCAACUGACAGCAUGAUUGCAGACCUGCUGGUGGACAUGUUGGGUGUGCUUGCCAGCUACAACAUCACAGUGAAGGAGCUCAAGCUUUUCUUCAGCAAGCUGCAAGGGGAAAAGGGCCAGUGGCCGCCUCAUGCAGUGAAACUUUUGUCGGUGCUGAAGUGCAUGGCUCACCGGAACGGUCCCGGCUCAUUCUUCAGCUUUCCAGGGAAAAAUGCAGCUGCUAUAGCUCUACCCCCCAUUGCAAGAUGGCCGUACCAGAAUGGAUUUACAUUCCACACGUGGAUCCGAAUGGAUCCUCUAAACAACAUCAACGUCGACAAAGACAAGCCUUAUCUAUACUGCUUCCGCACCAGCAAGGGCAUGGGCUACUCGGCACACUUUGUGGGCGGCUGUUUGAUAGUGACCUCAUUAAAGUCAAAGGGCAAAGGCUUCCAGCACUGUGUGAAGUACGACUUCAAACCACAAAAGUGGUACAUGGUGACUCUGGUUCACGUCUACAAUCGAUGGAAAAACAGUGAAUUAAGCUGCUUUGUGAACGGAGAAUUGGCCUCCUUCGGCGACAUUGCCUGGUUCGUCAACACCAGCGACACGUUUGACAAGUGCUUCCUUGGAUCAUCUGAGACGGUAGACGUGAACCGGGUCUUCUGUGGGCAGAUGGGGGCGGUUUACCUGUUCGCAGAGGCUCUCAGCGCCGCUCAGAUCCUGGCCAUCUAUCAGCUGGGUCCCGGCUACCAGGGCGCGUUCAAGCACAAGGCAGAGAGCGACUUGCUGUUUGCGGAGCACCACAAGACCUUGCUGUACGACGGGAAGCUGUCCGCCGCCAUCGCCUUCACCUACAACCCCUGUGCCACCGACGCCCAGCUCUGCCUUGAGUCCUCGCCGAAGGACAACGCCUCAAUUUUUAUCCAUUCUCCCCACGCUCUCAUGCUACAGGACGUGAAGGCUGUGGUGACUCACUCGGUCCAGAGUGGCAUCCACUCCAUCGGUGGCGUGCAGGUCCUCUUCCCUCUGUUUGCACAGCUGGAUUAUUGCCAGCCCUCCAGCCAGGAGCCCGACACCUCCGUCUGCUGCACGUUGCUGUCCUUCAUGAUGGAGCUGCUGAAGAACUCCAUGGCCAUGCAGGAGCAGGUCCUGGCCUGCAAAGGCUUCCUCGUCAUCGGCUACAGUCUGGAGAAGUCUUCCAAGGUGCAUGUGACGCGGCCCGUCCUGGACAUCGUUCUGGCCUUCUCCAGAUACCUGAGCAACCUGCAGAAUGGCAUCUAUUUGCUUAAGCAGCUGUGUGAUCACAUUCUGUUCAACCCUGCCAUCUGGAUCCACGCCCCUGCCAAGGUGCAGCUGACGCUCUACACCUACAUAGCCACAGAGUUCAUCAGCACGGUGACCAUCUACAACGCUGUUCGCAGGGUGGGCACCGUGCUUCAGGUCAUGCAUACACUAAAGUACUACUACUGGGUUGUCAACCCCCACGACCGCAGUGGAGUCACUCCCAAAGGCGCCGAUGGUCCGAGGCCAAAUCAGAAGGAGAUACUCUCUUUGCGAGCCUUCCUGCUCUUGUUCAUCAAGCAGCUCAUUAUGAAGGAUCAUGGCGUGAAGGAAGACGAGCUGCAGAGUAUCCUCAACUACCUCCUGACCAUGCAUGAGGAUGAAAAUCUCAUGGAUGUGCUGCAGCUGCUGGUUGCUCUGAUGUCUGAACAUCCUGGCACCAUGGUCCAAGCCUUUGACCAGCGCAACGGGAUUCGCGUUAUUUAUAAACUCCUGGCCUCAAAAAGUGAAGGAAUAAGGGUCCAGGCACUGAAGGUCAUGGGCUACUUUCUGAAGAGCUUGUCACCAAAGAGGAAGUCCGAGGUCAUGCUGAGUCACGGCCUUUUCUCGCUGCUCACCGAGCGCCUGAUGCUGCACUCCAACCCCUUCACCAUGACCACCUACAACAGCCUCUUUGAGAUUCUUACCGAGCAGAUCUGCACCCAAGUGAUCCACAAGCAGCAUCCGGACCCCGACUCCUCCGUGAAGAUCGUCAACCCCCAGAUCCUGAAGGUGAUCGCUGCUCUCCUGAAGAACUCUCCCCAGUCGGCAGAGACCAUGGAGGUCCGCCGGGUCUUUCUGUCAGACAUGAUCAAAAUGUUCAGCAACAGCCGAGAGAACCGCAGGAGCCUGCUGCAGUGCUCGGUGUGGCAGGAGUGGAUGCUCUCCCUGUGCUUCGUCACGCCGCGGAACAACGAGGAGCAGAAAAUCACCGAGAUGGUGUACGCCAUCUUCCGCAUCCUGCUCUACCACGCCAUCAAAUACGAAUGGGGCGGCUGGCGCGUCUGGGUGGACACCCUGUCCAUCACCCACUCCAAGGUGACGUUUGAGCAGCACAAAGAAAGUUUGUCCCGCAUGUUUCGUCAGUACCAGGGCUCUACGGGCUCUCGGAGCACCAUUCGCACCGUCUCUGGUGUGAGCCAAAGCUUAGAAGACGUGAAACCUGCUAACGGGCCACCAGCUGAAGAGACGGCACCCUCCACUGUCAUUGAGCUCACGGUAGACAGAGAGUCCCACAGAUCCCUGGAGUCGGCGUCUGGUUCCACUAUCACCGCAGAGGCUGCGGAGGACCGGGACCAUCAGUCCAUCACCAUGUCCAACAUCCUGGCCAGCGCUGAGGAAGAGUCUUUUGGAGAUGAAUCAGAUGUUAACAGUGAAACUGUGAAGCGCAACGCCGCAGAAGAGCAGGAAGAGGUGGCUGAACAAGCACCAGAGAAAAGCAACGAUGAUCCAGAAGUAGAGAGCGCCCAGAGUCGAGCUGCUGAUGCAGGAACCGAGGAAGUGGUUGAAAACGCCGCUGCUCCAACAAACGGGGACGCAAAGACGCAGGUAACCCGCGAGGAAAAUGGUGAUUCGUCAAAGCCCUCGGCGGAAGUUUCUGAAAAAGGAGACGAGGCAAAGCAAAUGUCCCCCGAGCCCUCGGGUUCUCUGGAGAACAGCGUGCUGGGCGGAGCCUCCGUCCUCAACGAGGACCUGGUCGACGUGUCGUCGGUUAGCGACCAGGUUAACCCAAGCGACGCGGACGACAGCCAAGAAGAGUCGUCUUAUGCUUCAGCUGCUACAGGAGAGGAAGGGGAGCUGGUUAAAAACGAGGAAGAAAAGCACGAAGGUGGCGGAAGCGAAAUAAAAGACCUCCAAGAACAGGAGACACGCAUGGAAGAGGGCAAAGAGGAAAUGGAGACGGUUAGAAAAGACGAGAAGGAAGAGAGAGAUUCUGUAGAGGACCAGGUGGCUCCUCAAACCGAAGCAGGUGACCAAGGCGUCGAAGAAUCCACCAAAGAAAACGUCAGUGAUCCACAGUCUUCCUCUAAAACAGAAGGUGCUGCUACAGACCAGCAGCCCCCAGAUGCUGCACCGCUUUCUUCUGCAGACGAGGCUGCUGCAGCUCCAGCGACAGCCUCACAAAGCCCGCCUCCAGAGUCCAGUGAAGCCGCCGCGAAGGAGAGCCCGCCUGCCGCGCCCGGCACCAGCACCGCCGGCCCCAGCACCAGCAAGACUUCAGAUUCUGCCACCAAGACCAAAGAGAUCAAAAUCGCCCGGCUGGACGUGGCUAACGUGGCCAUUGACACAGAGAGACUUGAACUGAAGGAGACCUCCUCAACGGAAUCGAGCCAAGGCCAAAGCGCAGCAGCUGCAGGUGAAGCAGGAAGUCCAUCGGGUCAGCCAGAGGACGGCAGCGUCUCGCAUCCUCGCUCCACCAUGUUCCGUAUCCCAGAGUUCCGCUGGUCCCACAUGCACCAGCGCCUCCUCACCGACUUACUCUUCACCAUUGAGACGGACGUCCAGGCCUGGAGGAGUCACUCUACAAAAACAGUUCUGGACUUUGUGAACAGCAGCGAGAACAUCGUUUUUGUCCACAACAGUAUUCAUCUCAUCUCCCAGGUGGUGGACAAUCUCAUUAUGGCUUGUGGAGGCAUUUUACCUCUGCUGUCUGCGGCCACGUCUGCCUCUCACGAACUAGAAAACAUUGAGCCGUCCCAAGGCCUGACCGUGGAGGCUUCGGUCACUUUCCUGCAGCGCCUCAUUAACCUCGCAGACGUCCUCAUCUUUGCCAGCUCCCUGAACUUUACAGAGAUUGAAGCUGAGAAAAACAUGUCAUCAGGGGGCAUCCUGCGGCAGUGCCUUCGCCUUGUGUGUGCUAUAGCGGUGAGAAACUGUCUGGAGUGUCAACAAGCGCAGUUUAAGAGCGCAGAAGGCUCAGCGAGAAGCUACACCGUCAUCCCCAGCACCGCGGUAGGAACGGCCAAGUCUGCGUCUGCACAGAGUCCUGUUGAUGCAGUGACAGGGGGCAUGUCUACAGUCAGAGAUCUGGACCGGCUCCUUCAGGACAUGGACAUUAACCGCCUCAGGGCUGUCGUGUUCAGAGAUAUCGAGGACAGUAAGCAGGCUCAGUUUCUGGCACUUGCCGUGGUCUACUUCAUCUCAGUCCUCAUGGUGUCAAAGUAUCGUGACAUCCUGGAGCCCCACAAUGACAGGAGACACCCUCUUCGCUCCCAGUCUUCCAGGAGCACAGACAGCGGUGCUGUUUCCGCCGGAGCGGAGGUGGAAAACGGCUUCUCUCUGAGACGCUACGAUUCCGGCAUCGGCGAGGACCACGCCUCGGCCGCAGCGAGCGAGGCCGACCUGUCCUCUUCCGGCGCGGCGCACGGCCCCGACGCCGUCUCAGAAGCCCUGUCCACUCUGUCCUCCGAGGUCAGAGGAGCGCCUCCGGCCGACCUGAAGUCCAAGAACGUGAAGGACAUCCUCCGCAGCCUGGUGAGCACGCCGUCCGAAGACCUGAUGGUGGACCCGGGCCUGCUGCCGCCGUCCUUCCUGGGACCUGCCAGCGACUUCGACAGACGAUCGUCGCUACAGUUUCGCUCAUUUGAUAGGAGCGUCGUCGUUGCACCAAAGAAAGCGGGAACGCUGCCGUCUCAAGUGCCUUCCACCUCUGCCCAGCCCUCCGCUGCUGCUGCUGCUGCUGCUGCUGCUGCUUCGGUCUCUGCUGGGACUCCAGCCGACGGUGUCGCUGUGGUUUCUUCAGGCGACGCCUCCCAGAAUCCCUCUGAGGAGCCUGCAGCCGCAGGAGGCGAGCUUCCAGCCAGCUCUAGCCUGCCAUCUGUCCCGCCGCUCUCCCCUGUGACCCAGAACACAGCCCCCAAUAUGAGCAUCUCGGAGCGUCUGGAGCACGCGCUGGAAAAGGCUGCUCCUCUGCUGAGAGAGAUCUUCGUGGACUUCGCCCCGUUCCUCUCUCGCACUCUGCUGGGCAGCCACGGUCAGGAGCUGCUCAUCGAGGGCACCAGUCUGGUGUGCAUGAAGUCCAGCAGCUCGGUGGUGGAGCUUGUCAUGCUGCUUUGUUCUCAGGAAUGGCAGAACUCCAUCCAGAAGAACGCGGGACUGGCCUUUAUCGAGUUGGUCAACGAAGGCAGGCUUCUCAGCCACACCAUGAAGGACCACCUGGUUCGUGUCGCCAAUGAGGCCGAGUUCAUCCUGAGCAGACAGCGGGCUGAAGACAUUCACAAGCAUGCAGAGUUUGAGUCCAACUGUGCUCAGUAUGCAGCGGACAAGCGAGAUGAGGAGAAAAUGUGCGACCACUUGAUCAGAGCUGCCAAAUUUCGCGACCACAUGACAUCCACCCAACUCAUCCAGAAGAUAAUCAACAUUCUGACUGACAAACACGGGGCCUGGGGGAAUUUGUCCAUCAGCCGGCCGAGGGAGUUCUGGCGCCUGGACUACUGGGAGGACGAUUUAAGGAGGCGACGUCGCUUCAUCAGGAACCCCUUUGGAUCCAGUCACUCAGAGGCUACGCUCAAAGCGGCAGCCGAACACGCAGUGGCAGAUACUGGUGCGUCCGAGGAGGACAUCCUCAAGCAGUCCAUCAGGAGUCAGGCUCUGGGGAAUCAGAACUCUGAGAGCGAGGCGUUGCUGGACGGAGACGAUGACACCCUGUCGUCCUUAGAGGACAAGGACCUGGACAACCUAACAGGCCCAGUAAACCUGAGCACCAGCGCGCAGCUCGUCGCCCCGGCCGCCGUGGUGAAAGGCACCCUGUCGGUCACCGCCUCCGAGCUCUUUUUCGAGGUGGAUGAAGACGAUCCGAGCUUUAAGGCCCUCGAUCCAAAGAUUUUGUCCUACACAGAAGGUCUUCACGGGAAAUGGCUCUUCACAGAGAUCCGUGCGGUCUUUUCCAGACGGUACCUGCUGCAGAACACGGCUCUGGAAGUGUUCAUGGCAAACAGAACGGCCGUCAUGUUCAACUUCCCAGAUGCUGCCACAGUAAAGAAGGUGGUUCACAGCCUUCCUCGCGUCGGGGUGGGCACGAACUUUGGCCUUCCUCAGACCAGACGCAUUUCCCUGGCCACGCCCAAGCAGCUCUUCAAGACGUCCAACAUGACGCAGCGAUGGCAACGCCGCGAGAUAUCCAACUUCGAGUACCUGAUGUUUCUCAACACCAUCUCUGGUCGCACCUAUAAUGACCUGAACCAGUACCCAGUCUUCCCCUGGAUAAUCACCAACUACGAGUCACCAGAACUGGACCUCACUCUGCCCAGUAACUACAGAGAUCUGUCCAAGCCCAUUGGAGCGCUGAACCCCAAGAGGGCGGCGUUCUUUUCAGACAGAUAUGAGUCCUGGGAGGACGAUCAGGUGCCGAAGUUCCACUACGGCACCCACUACUCCACUUCCAGCUUCACCCUGAUGUGGCUGCUGCGCAUGGAACCCUUCACCACGUUCUUCCUCAACUUCCAAGGAGGGAAGUUCGACCACGCCGACCGCACCUUCUCCUCUCUGUCCCGAGCCUGGAGGAACUGCCAGAGAGACACAUCUGAUGUCAAGGAGCUGAUCCCAGAGUUCUUCUAUCUGCCCGAGAUGUUUGUCAAUGCCAACAACUACAACCUAGGAGUGAUGGAGGACGGCACUGUCGUCUCUGACGUGGAUCUUCCGCCUUGGGCCAAAAGCCCGGAGGAGUUUGUCCGGAUUAACCGGCAGGCUCUGGAGAGCGAGUUCGUGUCCUGCCAGCUCCACCAGUGGAUCGACUUGAUUUUCGGCUACAAGCAGCAGGGACCCGAAGCGGCCCGGGCCCUCAACGUUUUCUACUAUCUGACGUAUGAAGGCGCGGUCAACCUGAGCUCCAUCAGCGACCCCAUGCUCAGAGAGGCCGUGGAGUCUCAGAUCAGGAGUUUUGGACAGACUCCUUGUCAGUUGCUCAUCGAGCCACACCCACCACGAAGUUCGGCCAUGCAAGUGUAUCUUCUCCUGCAGACGCCGCUGAUGUUCACGGAGCAGAUGCAGCAGGACGUCAUCAUGGUGCUGAAGUUCCCGUCCAACUCUCCGGUGACGCACGUCGCAGCCAACACGCAGCCGGGCCUCGCCUCCCCGGCCAUCGUCACCGUCACCGCCAACCGCCUCUUCGCUGUCAACAAAUGGCACGGCUUGGCCGGUCAUCAGAACAGCGGGGAGCUGCGAUACCCACUUCCUGUGGAAAUUGACCCUCUGAUAACCAGUAACGUGGGCUCCCACCGGCGUCAGAUCUCAGACCUUCUGGAUCAGAGCAUCCACAUCAGCUCGCAGUGUUUUGUUAUCACUGCCGACAACCGCUUCAUCCUGCUGUGUGGCUUCUGGGACAAGAGCUUCCGGGUCUACUCCACGGAUACAGGGAAACUGACCCAGAUAGUGUUCGGGCACCGGGACGUGGUGACGUGUCUCGCCCGCUCCGAGUCGUACAUCGGAGGAGACUGCUACGUCCUGACGGGCUCCAGAGAUGCCACCCUGCUGCUGUGGUACUGGAACGGAAAGCACAGCAGCGUCGGCGAGAACCCGGGCGCAGCGAUUACCACACCAAGGGCCAUCCUGACAGGACACGACUGCGAGGUGACCUGCGUCAGCGUGUGUGCAGAGCUGGGCCUCGUGAUCAGCGGCUGCACAGAGGGCCCUUGUCUGAUCCAUUCCAUGAAUGGAGACCUGCUGCGGAGCCUCGAGGCCCCUGAGAGCUGCCUGCGGCCCCGACUCAUCCAGUCCUCCACUGAAGGCCACUGCAUGGUUUAUUACGACAAGGGCCAGUUCUGCCUGUUCAGCAUUAAUGGCAAACUGCUCAGACACAUGGAAGUGGAGGAGAGCAUCAAGGCCAUGCUUCUGAGCCGAGACGGCCAGUAUCUGCUGACCGGGGGAGACGGAGGAGUCGUGUCCGUGUGGCGGAUCUCCGACCUGAAACAGCUCUUCACCUAUCCUGUCUGCGACGCAGGAAUCCGCUCCAUGGCAAUGUCCCAUGAUCAACGGUGCAUCAUCACCGGCAUGGUGUCGGGAAGCAUCGUUCUCUUCUACAACGACUUCAACAGGUGGCACCACGAGUACCAGACCAGAUAUUGAGGUCCAAACCGCAGCACCGACGUCCCGGUGGGAAGUCCCACCCAAGGCGCUGUCCUGCCUGCAGCUCCGUGUUCUGAAUGUAUCUCAGUGGAAGGAGGAGAAUAAUCUGUUCUGAGUGAGAAAAGGAAAAAAAGCAACAAACUAUUUUUUAAAAAAAGGGCAUUGCUAUAUUUUGUAGAUUAGAUAGAAAAACUUUUCCUAUAAAUCUUAAGGUGGGGGGUUCUGUAACUGUUCGGGUCAAAACAAUCUAUUUUUAGCUGUAAAAGUCUAUUUUCAUCUCCUCCAGGGAAGGAAAGGGGGGGAGGGGGACACGGGGGAGGAGUUAGGCUUAAAAAUCCAAAUAUUUAUGUAUUUUGGGUCGAGUGAUUCAUGUUGGUGUGUGUGUGGGGAAUAAUUAUGGAGCUAAUCUUCACUCAAACAUGCUUUUUCUUAUUUUGGAAACACAGCAAGUAGAUAGGAAAUGCUCGCAUAAAGAAAAUGUACUUGACAGAAAGGCGAUUUAAGAGGGAAACCCCAUUUAUAUUAAUAUCUAUAUACAAGCCCUCCUUAUUUAAGAAGUCUGCUCCCUCCGUACCUCCGUGCUUGCUUUGAGAUUAUGUUUCUGUGCAGGGCUCGUGUUCAGCAGCUAUCGGUUUAUUUAAUCUGCCUGACAUCCAAAACCUCCCUGUAUCAGCGACUAUGGUCUGCUUUAGUUUAAAGAAUUAUUUCUUUUACAUUUCUUCUCUAAACGACUGAAUAAGUAGUGAACUAGGUUUUCUAAAAGUGUUUAGAUGUCUCAGCAGAGCCUGAAAGUCCUGAGUUUAGUCCAAAGCAGCAAAGGUCAGCGUGAGAUGUGCAAUGAAACGUCGGACUUUUCCAUUUCUGCUUGUUUUUUUUUUUAAUAAUCAUUAAUUUACAGAAAGAUUACUUACUUCAACCUGUUGUCUGGCACCAAAUUCUGUUGAGACUAAUCUGUUAAACAAUCAUCCGCCUGCAGUAUCUAUCAUUAAGGGAACAUUCCUUUCGUUAAGUCUGUGCUUCACUGUUGUUUGAUUCUCCGAUUAUAUGGGAAUGGCGUAUAACUCAUUAUUUUUGCAGUCAACUGGAGUUUUUUUGUUUGCUGAGUUCUGACAAUAAAAAGGAGUUUUAUUACUUGAA